AAAAAAUAUCAUUUCCCUCCAUUAUCCAAAUCAAUCCAUCCAAUUCCCCCGCCAUGUCCUCCUCCGCUCCUCCCGUCCUCCCUGUCUCCACCGUCCAAUCCGCCGAUUCCCAACCCCCAGUCGUCGCCGUCUCCUCAUUCCGUGCAUUCUUCACCCACAUUAACGAUUACCUCCGCAAUGGCCUCUCCCAGCGUCGUCCCUGGGCUGAACUCGCCGACCGUUCCGCCUUCACCAAGCCCGAGUCUUUCUCCGAAGCCACCCUCCGUCUCCGCAAGAAUUACUCCUACUUCCGAAUCAAUUAUCUCUUCGUCGUCGGUCUCAUUCUCGCCUUCUCGCUUCUUUCCCAUCCCUUUUCGCUCCUCCUCCUCCUCGCCCUCCUCUUCUCGUGGAUCUUCCUCUACCUCUUCCGCCCCGUCGAUCAGCCUCUCGUGAUUUUCGGCCGCACGUACUCCGAUCGCGAGACACUCGGAGGCCUCAUCGUCUUUAGCGUCUUCGUCAUCUUCCUCACCUCCGUUGGAUCUCUUAUCAUUUCCGCUAUCAUGGUUGGUUGCGGUCUCGUCUGCGCUCACGGUGCCUUCAGGACCCCUGAGGAUCUCUUCUUGGACGAGCAAGAACCAGCCGCCCCUGGUUUCUUGUCAUUCCUCGGUGGUGCUGCCUCCAAUGCUGCCGCUGCCGCUGCCCCUGGCAUUGCCACUCGCCUCUGAACCUUAUCCAUGGAUCUUUCUUUCUGAAUCUCGUUCGCGAGGGUGAUAAAAUAUCGCUUCAUUUAUGAUUGAUUCAGUAUUGAAUUUUUUUUUCUUGUAGACAAUAAAUUUACCCAAUUUUGUUCCUUUUCACCUCCAUUUACUUGCUACUAACUAUUGUAUUAAAAUCAGUGAAAUGCAUAU